AUGGCAAACCUAGCAAUAGUAGACAACAACAAUGUCAAUGUCAAGACCUCAUCAACAUCAAACUCAAGUACUACUAUCCUCAGCCGAAUGAAUAUACAUAACAAGUACCGGAUGGUGAGAAGUGUGGGAGAGGAUUGCAGUGAAGAAAAAGAGCUCAAGACUUUGAUAGCUAAUAAGCCUGAACCUAUCUGCUUCAAGCGCUUUCAACCCUCCGGCCUAAUGCACAUUGCUGAGGGAAUUAUGGAGGUGAUGAAUGUGAACAAGCUGACUAAUGCCGGCUGCAGAGUUAAAAUCUUGAUUGGGGAUCAGUUAGCACGCAUGAACAAGAAGUUGGGGGGAGACAUGGAGAAGAUAGAGACUGUCGGACUAUAUAUGAUUGAGGUAUGGAAGGCAAUGGGGAUGAAUCUCAAAGAUGGCAAAGUAGAGAUUUUAUGGUCUUCAAAGGAGAUUGGCUCGAGAGUAAAUGAGUAUUUGGAUCUUGUGUCAGAUAUAACUGACAAAAAUAGUCUUGCAAGGUUAAAGAGGUGCUGGAAACUAAUGGAUCGAACUGAUGAAGUAGUCUAUUUAAAUGCGUCCCAAAUUUCUACCUUAGGCAUGCAAUGUGCAGAUAUAUUUUUCCUACAGGCUGACAUCUGCCAGUUUGGAAUGGAUAAGCGGGAAGUGAACAUUCUUGCAAGAGAGUACUGUGAUGAAAUCCAGAGGAAGAACAAGCCUAUUGUCUUGUCACACCAUAUAUUACCCGGUUUGAAGGAAGGGCAGGGGAAAAUGUCAAAGAAGAUUCCCGAUUCUGCCAUAUUCAUGAACGAUAAUGAGGCUGAAGUAAAUCGGAAGAUAGAGGAAGCUUUCUGCCCUGAAAAGGUUGUUGAAGGGAAUCCAUGUUUGGAGUACAUUAAGUACCUCAUUUUCCCUUGGUUUAAUGGAUUGGUUGUGGAGCAAAUUGAACAGGAUGGUGGAGUUAGGACCUUCAAAAGCUUUGAAGAUUUGAUUGUUCAUUAUCAAUGUGGUAUUCUACAACCAGAUGACCUUAAAGUGGCUUUAUCCAAAGCCAUUAACAAAAUAUUGCAGCCCGUAAGAAACCACUUUGAGGAUAAUGAUACAGCUAAACAGCUCUUACAAAGUGUUUUGAGCUAUGAAGUCUCCGGUUGA